AUGUCCGACUUCAAGCUCUCCGCUCAGCUGGCUGGUCACGACUCCGACGUCAAGGCCGUCAGCUUCCCAGCUCCCCAUACCAUCCUGUCUGCCUCUCGUGAUGGCAGCGUACGAGUCUGGCGCCAGACGUCCGACUCUCCCCCAUCUUUCGAACCAUCAGUCUCGAGCCAAACCUCUGAAUUCGUCAACUCCGUCACAUACCUCCCCGCCUCCGAGGCUUACCCGGAUGGCCUCAUCGCCUCAGGCGGCAAGGAUACCAUCGUCGAGGUGCGGCCACUACAAUCCAGCCCCAGCGACCAUGCCGAGCGACUGUUGAUCGGCCACUCGAGCAACGUCUGCUGCUUGGACGUCUCGCCCAAGGGAACAUACAUCGUGUCAGGUGGCUGGGACUCACAGGCCCUCGUUUGGAGCACUAGCAAGUGGGAGUCGGAGAUUCGUCUCAGCGGCCACGAGAAGAGUGUCUGGGCCGUGCUUGCACUGGAUGAAGAGACUGUUGUCACUGGCUGCGCCGAUACGAGCAUCCGUAUAUACAACCUCCGAGCCGCCGUCGCCGGUGAUGCCGAACCCCGCUCCACCAUCUACACCCCCGAAGUCGUGCGCGCCCUCUGCAAGGUACCCAAAGGUCACCCGAGCGGAGCGGAUAUCGCCAGCGCCAGCAACGACGGUAUUAUUCGCUUGUGGAAGUUGAACGGCCAGCAAGUCGGCGAGCUCCACGGCCACGAGUCCUUCAUCUACGCUCUCACCAGUCUGCCCUCUGGAGAGUUGGUCAGCUCGGGCGAGGACCGUACAGUUCGGAUAUGGAAGGGCAACGACUGCGUUCAGACCAUCACACACCCUGCUAUCUCGGUAUGGACAGUCGCGGCCAACGCCGAGACUGGUGACAUUGUGUCUGGAGCGAGUGAUGGUGUUGCGCGUGUCUUCACCCGGAGUAGCGAGCGUGCUGCCAGUCCCCAGGCAAUCUCCGACUUUGAAGAGUCAGUGAAGGCGUCGUCCAUCCCUCAACAACAACUGCCGUCUAUCAACAAGGAGAAGCUACCUGGUCCGGAGUUCCUCCAGAGCAAAUCUGGAACCAAGGAGGGUCAAGUACAGAUGAUCAACGAGGGCAAUGGCAACAUUACGGCACAUCAGUGGUCAGCGAGCCAACAACAAUGGAUCAACAUUGGCACAGUGGUCGACUCUGCUGGAAGCAGUGGCAAGAAGACGGAGUACAACGGCAAGUCCUACGACUACGUAUUCGACGUCGACAUCGAAGAUGGCAAGCCUCCUCUGAAGCUGCCCUACAACCUUUCCCAGAACCCCUACGACGCGGCGACUAAGUUCUUGAACGACAACGAGCUUCCCAUCAGCUACCUGGACAAUGUCGCCAACUUCAUCACCCAGAACACUCAGGGUGCCACCCUCGGCCAAUCCGCACCUGCUUCGUCCGACCCGUACGGAACCGAGUCGAGGUAUCGCCCCGGAGAGUCGGAGCUGAGACCCAAGGUGCUGCCUCAAGCCGAGUACCUCAAUAUCACGGCCGGCAAAUAUGACGCGAUGAUCAAGAAAAUUCUUACCAUCAACGCCAACAUGAUCUCCUCAGGCCGCAAGGACGCCGCCCUGAACCCUACAGAGCAGAACACGCUGAACGGUGUGAAGGAGGCCAUCGAGAGCUCCAAGCCUGUGGACCAGGCAGGUGUCGACCUCGCCAUCAAGAUUGUGACUCUGUGGCCGUACUCGGACCGUCUUGCCGGCCUGGACCUAUUGAGAUGCGUUGCCCCGUCGCCUCUUGCGGCCGAGGUCUCGACUUCAGAGGGGUCAUUCCUCCGUGUCGCUGUCUCCAGCGCUUUGAACGCUCCAGACGGCGCUGCGCCGAACGAGAACUCGGUCAUGAUGGCUCUGCGCACAUUCGCCAACAUCUUCGGCUCUCCCAAGGGCGAGGGGUUGGCAGCCAAGGAGGCCGAGACAGCCGCGUCUCUCAUCGAGCGUGUGCUCGGUCUCUCUGGCGGUGCCGCCAUCGGUCAAUUCAACCGCAACAUCCUCAUCGCGGUGACAACCACGUUGAUCAACUACGCCGUCUUCGCGCACAAGGAGAGGACCUCAUCGCAAUCGAAGCGAUUCGUCACGGCAAUCGGAAAGAUCCUGUCGGAGCAAUCAGACUCCGAGGUCAUCUACCGGGCGCUUGUCGCAUUGGGAACCUUUGCCUCCAUCAGCCAGGCCGAGAUUAAGUCCCUCGGAGGUGAGGGCUGGAUCAAGUCUGCCGUGGACAAGGUCUCGGAAGUCCGGGUGAAGGAGCUGGGAAGAGAAGCCCUGCAGCAGCUGUGA